GUCACAUUUCCGAAUGGCAUUGGUGCCAAUCGAGGCCUCAAGCUCACGCUUGGCGGCCAACUACAAGGCAUGCGCAUGUCCACCAUGUUGAACAACACGCGCGUGAGGAAUAGUCUGGACUGCCCAAACAACGACACUUUUGCAUUCAUCGGUUGCCAAGGGUCUUCUGGGAGCGUGUACGACACCACAAGAGGCUCUUUUAUCCAGGUUGUCAACAUUCAAGACUGGAAUGUGACAACCGUCGAUCAACAGCCCGAUGAUGGCGGUACAACAGUGCUGCACGGAUACGAUGCCGCGAAUUUCACCGACGGCCCGGCUGUGGCCUUUGGCUAUCCCUUCGAAGUUUGGGCCGACUACGAUGCCUUGAACAAGAGCGCUGUGGCAUUCGGGCCCAACUCCUCAACCCUCGAAAGUUUCCUGAGAAACGAGGUCGCGCCCGCCAGAAGCUUUAGCCUAGACUAUGGCUCCACCUCUGAACUAUAUCCCCGCGAUGGUCAACUCAUCAUCGGUGGCUAUAACGAGGCUCGAUUCAACGCCUCUCAAGUUUCCACUUUCCGCAUGUGGGGAGCCAACGCUCCGGCUGCCUGCCCGCUGCAGGUCACCAUUGCCGACAUCAUCCUGACCAACAAGGACGGCGAUCACCCCCUUACCGAUCCCGGUACCAGAGUGGCGGCGUGCAUCGACACCGUCCACAACAGCUUCGCAUUCACGCCCGCCAUUUUCAACAAAUUCGAGAAUAUCGGCAACAACACCGGCAACCAUGCCGGAUCCGAUGGUGAAGCUUUCGACGAGUCUAACUUUCCACUGGAUAGCGAGCCUUUGAUUGGAACUCUGACGAUCAGACUGACCAAUGGUUACACAACUGUGAUUCCACAUUACGAGCUCGUUAGCAACGUCCGCGGCACCGACCCGCAGGGCAAAUACUCGGUGCUGAACAACACGCGACUCAGCACUACCGUCUCGUCCGGGAUCGGCGAUCUGGGCGAGAAUGUCCCCGUUCUCGGCGGCGUCUUUCUCUCACAGAACUAUCUCCACGUUGACUAUGAUGCGGGGAGCUUCUGGCUCAGCCCGCAAGUUGGCAACGGAACUCUACCUGACCGCAUCACAGCAGCGUGCAAUGGCACCUUGACGGGCGAUGGCAAAGCAUCGGAAUUUGUCAUCCAGGUCGGCGUGCCGGUAGCAGUCGGUGCGGGAGUCUUCUUUUUCAUCGGGCUGUGGAUCUGGUCAAGGCACCGCAAGCGCAACCCCCAGUCUAGAGAUGCUUCUAGAUCCAUUCCCCGCAACGAGAAGCGUGACGCGCCAGGUUCCAGCGCCUCUACCACCAUGUUUGCGGGUUAUGGCUACGCCAACAACAAUUCAACGAGAUCUCACCUCACCAGGUUGGCGGUCCAUGACUACACCAGCCACGCAAACGGUUCUCCUCCCACCAGGCCGCCUGGGCACGGCCUUGCAAGCCACGUAAACAGUCCACUUCCCUUUGCAGGUUACGACAACGCUCACCACGCAAACCCCGGCGAACACAUGGAGCUCGAAGGUGACCCUGGUAUACCUGUUGCGCAGCGAGCGGAGUUGGCAGAGCCGGUAACACCAUACAGCAGGGCUGAAUGGCCUCGGCAGAACUCCAUACAAGGGGAGAACGAUAGUUACUACAAACAGUUCGAAGAGCCAGGCGAGACCUACGAGCUCGCAGACACUUCGUCGUGCUCGAAGCUCGUUCCGCUGGCGAGUCCGCUACCCGCGCAGCGUGAAGAGGCUGGCUUGAGCGAGCAUUGGGUCCCGAAUUCUGGGACUUCGCAGGGACAUGCGACAACAUUCAGCGAUGCCGUAUCCCCAACGAGUGAAGGGACGAACAGCACAAACGUCCAUUCAUAUAUAUCUCCUAUUUAGCGUGUUUUGAUAGAUGACUAAUGAUAAUAAUCAAUGGGCC